CUAUCACCAUGAGAUCAGCGGUUCUUAUUUUAUGUAUAAUUUCUGCUAUUAAUGCAUUUUAUUUCGAUUUCUUUUCAAAGAAAUGGGACGGACUUCGAGUUCGAUUUGGAUUCGAUCUAACUGGUCCAUAUAAUUUUGCCAAAGUACCAUUAACUUUGAAAGACGCUGAAUCGGAAGGAUAUACAAAGAUUUCAGAACAAUGUGAAGGGUUAUUCCGAGGAUAUCGAUAUUUAAAAGAUAAUGAUUAUGCUCUGAUUCUAGUAUAUGAUGUUCAAGGAAAUAUAGCUGGUAUUCAGGCUGGGCUAGCUGAAAAUCUACCAAAUGGUUAUCCAUUUGUUGAAAUUCAACCACCAUUUAUAAAAGAAGGCAAUCGUUACUUUGUUACAGCUUAUUUUGUGAAUCCGGCCACGAUCUGUACAAAAGGACGUAACAAGUAUCUGGUAGAAAGUGAAGGUACUGGAACUAACCUAUAUAUACAGAACGGUACCGACUUUAAUAGAGAUGUUAUUGUUGCUCCUAAACUACAGAAAGAUUUAGUUGGUACCAAAUGGUCUAAAGGAAAUUGCUUCCGUUCCAUGGGUCAACAUUACUGGUAUGAUAUGCACAGAAAUUCAGACUGUAGACAAUUCUUCCCAAUGUUUCUGAUGUAUAAUCGGGGUGAAUUAAAUAGUUUUGGUUGGGCUUUCCUUACUAAUAUCAUAUCACCACGCUUUGAACACCCUCAAAGAUCAGUCAUUUCGACUUUCAUCUCAGAUCCACCAACCUGUUUAUAUCAACAGGGAAAUCUUACUACCAUGCACAUUUAUUUAACUGAUAGACCAGAGUAUAAUUUCUGUUAGACAACAUAUUGGUACCCUGGAAGAGUUCCUCUCUAUAUCCAAUUUUAAUCGCAAUAAUUUAUAUUGAUAUAUAGCUUUCAAUAUUUCAGAACGUAUGAAAAAUGGCAUAAUGUUACACUCGAUAUACAAUGUGAUCAAUUCAAAAAUGAAAUAAAGAAACAUAUUUUGUUGUGAAUAGAUUAUUUCGCAUCAGGUGACCUUCAAGAGAAGGAAUAUAUGAUAUAUUUUAAAUUGGAAUAUAUUCUUAUGUGGUACACUGAUAGCAUCGAUUUGUAUUAUUCUUAUUUUGAAAAAAUCUGAAAAAAAAAUUGC